CCACCGAGGCUGAGUGUUAGGGUUUGUACUUUCUAUUUGGAUGAGUUUGGAACACCAGCUCUACACUCUUCAACGCUAUGGAACCUUCUUUUUCAGAAUACGGCCGUUUGGAGACGAAAACAAGUGGAGGAAUUACUAAAACCUGUUUGAUCACUUGUACUUGAAUUGUCUUAGUAUUUCUGUCACAAGGCAUCCAUCUUGAAAGAUCAAUCAUGCACAAGAUUAAUCCACUAAACUUGGAUGAAGAUGAGGAAGCUGAUGAUGGAAUAAGUAAGACUAUAAAUAGUGCAAGCCCAAGCAACAGCAGUGAGAAGAAGGAAACUGCUUCAAGUGGGGUGCGGCCAUAUGUAAGAUCAAAGACGCCUAGGCUGCGAUGGACCCCUGAACUUCAUCUUUGUUUUGUUCGAGCCGUGGAGAGACUUGGCGGUCAAGAGAGAGCAACUCCAAAACUGGUCUUGCAACUAAUGAACAUCGAGGGUCUUAGUAUUGCUCAUGUCAAGAGUCAUUUGCAGAUGUAUCGGAGCAAGAAGAUUGAUGAUAAGGGUCAAGUUGUAAACAACAGGCAUCUUUUGGGAAGUGUAAAUUACUGUUCUCAAAAUCUUCGGUACCAGUCCAUGCUUCAAGAUCAAAGAGUGAUCAGUGAUAUUUCAUGGAGGGCAUUUGCUGGAAAUCGCAUAAAUUGCAGAAGGAGAGCCGGUUUCUGCCGUUCAGACAUGACUAAAGAAGUUGGUUCAAAAGCAAGGAAUGAGGUUGUCUACAUGAAUAAUAACCCCAUCUUCAGUGAGCAACCUGUUAGGGAAAUAGAAGGGUUUCAAGAUAUAAUUGAUGAUUGUGCAGAAGUGCAGCCAAUACUGAUUCUUCCCUCUUUUUCAAACAAGUGGCUCGGAAGAGGAGCAGAAAGACAAGUUAGGGUAGCCAAAAGAAAAGCAGUCGAUGAUGAGGACCUUGAUUUGAGCCUGUCACUGAGCACAAAGAUGGGGCAAGAAGUUAGGAGAAAGACUUGCAAUGAGGAAGAAGCUGCAAAUAGCAAUUUGUCUUUGUCUUUAUCUUCUCCUUCAAAGACUGAAAUGUAUUCUUUGAAUGUAAACAUGGUCUCAAAGAGGAGCAACUUGAAGGAAGGUCAUGAUUCUACAAGGUAUCUUAAACUGGCGAGUACCCUUGAUCUGACUAUAUCAUGAACUCCAGAGAAUUCUAGUCAGAUCUUGUUGGUACUUGUACAGGAAAACAUUUUAUCUUCUUCUUAGCUCCCUUUGAUCACCAAUUAAUAUAAGUGUGAAUGUUAAAAAGGAAUAA